UGGGGAAAGCAGAUUCAUGCGCAGGGUUGCCGAGGGUGAAACUUUUCAUUGACUUUGCUCACUUCGGGCCCGGGCGCGGGAAGGUGUAGGUCGUUGGGGCUGAGUGUCGCGGGAGCUCAGAGGCCAGAAGGACAGGACUUGGCCCGCCGGCCACAUCCCGGGCGGGCCUCCAUCCACCGCGUGACUGGUGCCAUCAUUGGGUCCGCCAUCCCUGCGCCGUCGCCGCCGAGCUCGACCUCCAAAAACAGCAGAAAGAAUCAUAUGAACUCGGUCCUCGUCCCCCUCAACGACGUAAAAGGCCACCGUGGCCCUCAGCCUCGCGGCGCCAGGGAAGCUAGGCUAGAGACCACCGUCCCGCGGCCAGCAGAGCGCCCCUUCUUGGAGACCCGAAACCCUCUGGAUCCCAGGGCCAUUCAUCUUCUACUCCCACCACUGCCCUUGGCCUGUGCACGUAUCCCGUGCUGAUUCUCUGCCCAAGAGAGGAUCAUGCAGCUGGAGAUCAAAGUGGCCCUAAACUUCAUCAUCUCCUAUUUGUAUAACAAGCUGCCCCGGCGACGGGCAGACCUGUUUGGGGAGGAGCUAGAGCGGCUUUUAAAAAAGAAGUAUGAAGGCCACUGGUACCCUGAGAAGCCAUUGAAAGGUUCUGGCUUCCGCUGUGUCCACAUUGGGGAGAUGGUAGACCCUGUGGUGGAGCUGGCUGCCAAGCGGAGUGGUCUAGCAGUGGAGGAUGUUCGUGCCAAUGUGCCCGAGGAACUGAGUGUCUGGAUUGACCCUUUCGAGGUAUCCUACCAGAUUGGUGAGAAGGGAACUGUGAAAGUCCUAUACCUAGAUGACAGUGAGGGUGGUGGUGCCCCAGAGCUGGACAAGGAGAUCAAGAGCAGCUUCAACCCUGAUGCCCAGGUGUUUGUGCCCAUUGGCAGCCAGGACAGCUCCCUGUCUAACUCUCCAUCGCCAUCCUUUGGCCAGUCACCCAGCCCAACCUUUAUCCCCAGAUCUGCCCAGCCUAUUACCUUCACUACCGCCUCUUUUGCUGCCACCAAAUUUGGCUCCACAAAGAUGAAGAAGGGUGGUGGAGCAUCAAGUGGUGUGAGUGUGGCUAGCGGUGGGGCUAGUGGCCAGCAGCCACCACAACAGCAGCCUCGCAUGGCCCGCUCACCCACAAAUAACCUGCUGAAGCACAAGAACCUCUCUUUGUCUAUGCAUUCACUGAACUUCAUCACAGCCAGUCCGGCCUCUCAGUCCCAGCUUUCACCCAAUGCCAAGGAAUUUGUGUACAACGGUGGUGGCUCACCCAGCCUCUUCUUUGAUGGAGCAGAUGGCCAGGGCAACAGCACUUCGGCCCCCUUUGGGAGUAGUGGAGCCGGCACUUGUAACAACAGCAGCUUUGAUGUGUCCCAGGUGUUCGGAGGUGGCACUAACAGCCUCUUUUUGGAGAAAACACCCUUUGUAGAAGGCCUCAGCUACAACCUGAACACCAUGCAAUAUCCCAACCAGCCCUUCCAGCCUGUUGUGCUAGCCAACUGACUGUCUUCCUGUCUGCCAGGCCAGGAGCACCCACAACCACAGAAAAGAGAAAGGAAAGGCCAAACAACAGAGGAAAAGAGAACUGUACAAAAAGAUUCUAAUCUUCUCAUUCUCACAGCUAGGAAAAAGAUCCGCCCAGGCACAGAGUAGGAGGGGGCUCCCAAACCCAAAGACAUGUGUAACUCAGCCCCCAACUAUUUUUCUGCCUGCCCCGAUUUCAUUUGGUUGGUUUGGGUUUUUGUUUUUUUGUUUUGUUUUGUUUUGUUUUUGUUUUUUUGUGACAUGUAGUUUUCUAUAUGACAUCUUUAGUGGUUUCCUGCACUGAGAAUGGUCCAGAUGUGAAUUGCUGCUCCCCACUCCCUCCUUUCAUGCUCCUUUGGGAUUGGUGUGUUCAAGCUCACAAGGAAAAACUGGCCCUAUGUCCAUGACCUCUACAUACUGGCUGUCUUCUCAGGUCCUACCACCCAAAUAUGUCUGGCCCUAGCUUUACCUCCCCCUCAGGCUGGGUCAUGGGGAGCUGCUGACUGGCUACUUGACACACUCCCCCUAAAGUUAAUAUCUGUGACUAUAGGAAGGUUAGUACGUAUUCUAGUUGUAAUCCUUCUCUGUCCUGUGGCCCCAUCCCUCACUCCCUCCUAGACACACUGUAUGUAAACUCUCCUUCCCCAGUGCAGCUUUUCCCUGAGCCUGAGGUUAGGGUACAGGAUAGAGGUGGGAGUGUGUGUGUGUGUGCGUGUGUUUGUGUGUGUGUGCGUGUGUAUGUGCAUUCAUGCCUGUGAAUGUGUGUGGCUUGCUGUCUGUUCUAACGGAUUUCAAGCCACAUGGAACUUCCCUCUCUGGGUAUGAUUCUUGGUUGUAAGAAGUGCUUAUUUAUAUACAAAGCUGGGGGAUGGGCCCAGGGUGGAUUGAUGGUGCAUUUGUAAGGCUGUAGGGCAGUGUAUGUGGUGGGGUGACACAUGGCUAAGCCUAAUUCCAGGGCAAAGCACUGCACAAGGAACUGGUUUUCCAGACUGCGGAGGGAUCUGCUCUUUUGUUUUUGAACAAAAAAACAAAAACACCUCAGAAGGGCGUGAGGAAUACCCAAACCUGCUGCCUAAGAGGAGUCCCUAGACUUCAACAACUCUGUUGUGUGACCUUCGCCCAGGGUAAGGACAGGGAGAGAAUUUGGAGACAGUGCCUGUGGUGGGCAGUUCUGAGCCUUGAAUUAAGACUUUGUGGUUUUUGGUUAUAGGUGAAAAUGCAUUUGCACCAUCUGAAAACUUGGUUCCUGUCUCUUGCUAUACUGUGUCUGCCCUCACCUAGCUCUACUUGAUCUUGAUGCUGUGAGAUAGGAUCUCGUGGGCAGACGAGAAGCCCCACCACCAGAAAGCACCAAAACCCUGACCUCCACCCUCCCCAGGGGACUCUGUGUGGGAAGGAACUGCCCUGGCAGUGAGUUCAGCCCAGAUGGACACUGCCAACCCCCUCUCCUUGCAUUGGGCACUAGCUCUACCUCCCCCAGCAGGGCAAGACCCUGAGUUCUCAGCUCAGCACCAUCUGUCCCUAGUCUCCUCCAGCCAGCCCAUUCUGGGCCUCCUGUUCCUUCAUCCUCAGCGCCCACACAAGUGACAGCCCAGCCUCUCUGGGACAAGUCGGGUAUUGCCUUACCCCCAUUUCCAGCCCCUCCUCCCUCGUGCACACAGGUCGCACCUGCACCCAAGCCAGCUUGUUUUCUCACACAUGGGGAGACUGGAGCCCAGCCCCUUGUGUCAUUUGAUGCAGGAAGAAAAGUGAGUGUUCAGGAACGUGACUCCUGGACUGGGCUCUUGGCCCAGGUCAGUGUCUCAGCGCAAAUCUAGGCAUUUUUGCUUCAAUUUUAUUUUUUUUAAGAAAAAAAAAAAAAAAAAACUCUGCACUAAUUUACCUGGUUUCAUAGAAAAACUUUUUUUUAUUUUUUACAUUUUUUGGUGUCCGUUUGUAUUGAAUAAUUUGCUACAUUUGUAAAAUGUAAGAGGUAUAUAUAAUAUAUGUAUAUUUCUAAUGUAAGAAACAUAAUUUUCUUUUCAAGAUUUUUUCUUAAAAGGAGAGAAACCAAUAUUUUUUCAGGAAAACAAACUUUAAAAAAUAGGAACAUAAAACCUUUUCCUCCCCUUUCCCCAUCCUCUCUAGCCUUCUCACCCAAGAGCAAACCUGAAGGUGGAUCAUCUUGCUAAGAAUGUAGCUGUCAGUCCAGAAUGCUGUCUUUCUCUUGAUUCUGUAGUUUCUCCUUGGGGGUGGGAAUUGGCAUUGAGGCAGCAGCCAUGGAGAGGAGCUGGAAUCAGGGCAAUGACUUUUUUCUCUUGUGAAGGAAGAAUGCAAUCAAGACAUUUUGUAUUCAGAACGUUGUGCAAUAUUUUGGAAUGAGACAUUGGUGUGUUUAGAGAUUUAGUUUCAAAACAAAGAUUGAUCAAAUCUGUACAGUUUAUAUUGUUCCAGAUUUUUUUAAGUUUGUAUUAAAAGCAUGAUAUAUAAUA